UAAACAGCGAGUUGAGUUUGUUUUGGUAAAUUCAAUUUAAAUUAAAUUGAAUAAUUUGUGCUUGCCAUGGAACCGGCCGCCAUCCGCCCGAAGCCGUCUGGAUCUGGCAACCGCGGAGCCCUGCGGCUGGCGGCCAAGAAGGCGGGACAGAAGCGGAUCUACCACUGCGGCGUCUGCUUGGCGGGAUUCCCGCGUCAUCUGGCCACCAAGCGGCACGAGCAGCAGUGUGAGGCCAAGUUGAGGCGCCUGUUCAUCUGCCGGCACUGCCUAACGCUCUACGGCGAGGAAUCGCGGCUGGAGCGGCACCGGGAGCGGAAGCACGCGGACGGACAGUUCCUCUGCCUGCAGUGCGCCAAGCGGUACGCCUCCGCCACCUUCCUGUACCGCCAUGUGAUCAGCUGGCACGGCGAGCAGUCGCUCUUCUACUGCGCCAUGUGCGCCGACAACUGCAACGACGUGAAGACCUUCAGCGGGAUGCGGGAGCUGCAGGAGCACGCCGAGGAGGUGCACCGCCUGUGCUCCCUGGAGUCCACGGCCAGCGAAACAGGCAGCCUGGUCGACGAUACCGAAGACCUGGAGAUGCUGGAGGAGAACAUCGAGGACAUCCUACCCAGCAUCGACUGGGACGACGACCUCACCUUUGGGUGGCCCAUGGACCUGGACAAGGAGUCGUGCAUUGCGGAUGCCACCAAGCCGAGCGUCUUUGUGUGUCCCUUCUGCGCCAACGGGUUUUCGGGAAGCUUGGGCCUGGUGAGGCACCUGGAGCAGGUUCACGAGCGCAAUCCCCUGGACUGCUGCUACUGCGGAAAGAGCCAUGGCAGCCGUGAAGCCCUGCGGUCCCACCUGCAGCGAGUCCACGUGCUGUUGCGCGGUCAUGUCUGCGACGUUUGCCGGGCGGACUUUGCCACCGCCGAUCAUCUGAAGAAGCACGUAAAUAGCCGGCACCUGGCCCACCGCCCACACGUGUGUCCGACCUGCGGCAAGGGCUUCGCCCAGAGGUGUCACCUCACCCAGCACAUGACCACGGACCGGGGCCACGGUCACGGCAACUUCGUCUGUCAGCUCUGCCUGUGGCCCUUCUUUCGGGCCAUCGAUCUAGAGCGGCACGUCAACGAGAAGCAUCCUUAGGAGCAUCAAAAGAUUGUAAACCAAUUCUGUGACAUUUUGUGUAAUUGGGAGUCAGUUUAUAGAGAACCGCUUGACCAUGUCCCGAUCCCGAAUCCACGAACCUGUGCAGCAGC